UGGUGGACAUUCCUCAUGGCGGGGACGAGGCAAUCCAUAGGACUUUCAUACGGAGCGGUUCUCCGUUGUAUCGACCCCGGAGCGACGGUGACGAUCGUCUGCGCCCAGCCAGGACGCGGCUCUCGCGAGCGCCACCGCGGAGCCGCCGCCGCCGGCCGGGUCGUGACCUCCGCGCCGUCGUCUUCACCGUCCUUGCGCAUCGCCAAACUCCACCAGACUUCAUACUUCACCAGCAUUGACAGCUAAACGUGACCACCCCUUUAUCGUCACGACCCUUGAUUGUGUGCCGUGACCGUGACCUCGCGUGCCUGGACGUGCGAGCACGGCAGAGAUGUGACGGCGCUUCAUCGUCCGCGCAGCACACCGACAGCAAUUAACAAAACAAUCAGACAUCGUCUCCACAUCUCUAAUAAAAAUGUGUUUCUCACGUCCUAUCAGCCGCACUCCCUCCUGGCUGCAUGUUUUAGCAGCGCAUGUUUCAGCGUCAUUAUUUAAUUUCUCGUCAUCGCCGAGUAAUGUGCCAAGACUCGCUCCUUACCGAGGCGAGUGGCAGGGCAGCUUCUUGUUUGUGCAGGGCGCCGACCCCCAGCUGGGGCUGAUGAAGGAGUGGGAGUCGGGGGUGGUGAGCGCGGCGGGUGGGGACGAGUGGGCCGAGGAGCUGCGUCUCGCGCGUGCCGCCGUGGCCGCCGUCAACCGCAUGCGGCCGCGGCCACGCUUCCUCGUGCUGUGCGGCGACCUCGUGCACGCCAUGCCUGGGCAAGCGAACCGCGCGGCGCAGGAGGAGGAUCUGCGAGCCGCCCUGUGCGAGCUGGACCCCGCCAUCCCGCUUGUGCUGCUGCCGGGCAACCACGACAUCGGCAACGCCCCCACGGCCGCCACGGUGGAGGCUUACCGCCGCUCCUGGGGGGACGACUAUUUCGCUUUCUGGGCGGGUGGCGCGCGCUUCCUUGUGCUCAACUCGCAGCUCUUCGUGGACGCGUCGCUCUGCCCCGAGCUGGCGGAGGAGCAGGAGCGCUGGCUCGAAGAGCAGCUCGAGAGCUACAAGGCGGAGGGGCCGCGGGGGCCGCUCGUCAUCCUGCAGCACACGCCGCUCUUCCUCGUCGCGCCCGACGAGGACGACGACUACUUCAACGUGGAGCGCCAUGCGCGACGGCGCCUCCUGGACAAGUUCAGCGCCGCUGGUGUCUGCGCCGUGUUCACCGGCCACUACCACCGCAACGCGGGAGGGCGCUGCGGCGCCGUCGAGGUGGUGGUCUCCUCUGCCAUCGGCUGCCAGAUAGGCAGCGACGUGUCGGGUCUCCGUGUCGUCACGGUAACCGAGGCUGGCGUGCGACACCGAUAUUACGGGAUGGACCAGGUCCCGGAAUGCGUCGAGCUUGACGUGGAGCAGUGACCCUCGCGGAAAAACAACCGGGCGCGGCGCCUGAUUAGCACAGGGUGGCGGCCGCUGCUGCUGCAGCUGCUCACAAUAGAUUUUUUUAACUGAGAAAAGCAUAUGGCCUUCGUAAAGCUGGGUCAUCGAGCUGUAACUCGGGUGUCGGGUGUGCGUGUUGAACGUGGAUUUAGGAAUGACGGGAUGGAUUGGGGGGGGGCAGUGGGGAGGGAAGUGGUGGGGCAAAGAGUGGUGGUGCGAAGGCGUUGCCAAUAAAGCGCCCGUGUCAUGUGGGAGUGGAUGCGUCAUGGGCCCUGCUUGAGAUUCAGCGUGCGCGCAGGCCGCGCCGGGACAGGAGCACACAGCUCACUUGUAUUUAGGUCGUUUUAAUGUUUAAUCACGUAUACGCCGUGGUUACAUUGUAAACAAAAACACCAGGGAUUAUAUUACACGCUGGUCUCGCUGCGCUACCAGGGAAGCCACGUAUUGCUUUGCCUCGACACCGCUCGCACCUCUGUCCUCUUCAUUUCUGGCUCGCCAGAAAUUGUUUCUGUAACCAUUAUGGAAAUUACGCCACCUCUAGACCCUGCAGCCGAGACGAAUCGGUCAGCGACAAAAUGCAGCGUUCCCCACGGCCGUGUCAGGCCCAGGCACGGCUCGGAGAGGGGUCCGCUUGCCUCGCCGGGCCUGCUGUUCACACAGACGCACGGCUGGAAUGUUUUUAGCGAGUAGUAUUAGCUUGGAAUGGACAAAAACCCCUACAUUUUCUAUGUAAUUUCACUAGUGUAUGACUUGUAAUUAUAAAUAUAUGGAAGCGUGGACAUCACACGGUCUUACAAAAUA